AUGGAAUACUCAAGGACAUUAACACUUGUCGCUUUAGUAUUCACAUUGUUUAUCAUCCGCAGAUUCUUUGGCUCUGGAUUCAGCAAAAUGGCUUCUCCACAAACUGUUCAACAUGUGCGCUCCUUGAUCAAGGACAACAAAAUAUUCGUUGCAGCUAAGACCUACUGUCCUUACUGUAACGCCACUCUAAAGCUCCUGUUCCAGGACAAAAAGCUACGCAAGGACCAGGUUCUUUUGCUGCAGCUUGACACCAUGAAGGAGGGCUCCGAGAUUCAAGAGGCUUUGACCGAAAUCAGCGGUCAGAGAACUGUUCCUAACAUCUACAUCUUGGGCGAGCACAUUGGUGGUAACAGUGACCUGCAAGCUUUGGAGGCCAGCGGCAAGCUAGACGAGCUGUUAGAGAAGGCUUUGGCUUAA